CACUCCGAACGUUGUUGCACUGUAGUUCUCCAAAGUUGUACAACAAGAGGGAAAUAUCGUCUUUUAGCUAUCUACAGUUGACGUCGAUUGCAAUAAAGGAAGAAUUAACUGUCAGUCUACACCGUACGUUCAAUAUGGAAACAUCAAAUUUCCUUACAUAUGAAAAUACUUCUCAUCGCACUUCUCAAAGCACAUAUCAUAAUGGGUUACUAUUAGGAAAAGAUUUCGAAUGGGCAGUGAAGUUAAAUCGAUAUAGUCUCAUAGUAAUUGGACUUUGGCCUAAGUCCGAACAAACAACAUGGGAAAAACGUAUGCGCAAUGUACAUGUACUUCUCGUUUUCUUAAUGAUGUUAUUCGUUGUUGCGAUUCCUGCAAUACAUUCCAUGAUAAGAAUCCAUUUGGACAUUUUAUUACUGACAGAUAACUUGCAAUUUACUUUACCAGUCAUCACUUGCGUCCUAAAAUUUGCAAUCUUCUGGUGGAAGAGAAAAGCAGUCGCAGCAAUAAUAAAUAUGAUCGCUCACGAUUGGUUAAAGGCGAAAACACGACAGGAAGAAACAACUAUGAUCGCAAGAGCGCAAAUUGCGCGCAUUAUCAUAAUAUGUGCGUACAGCUUAAUGGGAAUGACCUGGGUUGUUGUUGUUGUUUUACCCAUAUUUGGCUACUCGGUGAGAUACCUGUCUAAUAUCACUGAUCUGGAGAGACAAUUACCACUUCGGACAUAUUAUAUCUACGACACAAACAAAAGUCCACAAUAUGAACUAACAUUUAUUAUUCAAAGUAUUACCUUACUCAUCAAUACUAUGUGUUAUACUGGCGUUGACAAUUUUCUUAGUCUCUCGGUAUUUCAUGUCUCUGGCCAAUUGGAUAUUCUAAGGAAUCGCCUCAUGUAUAUACAUAAUGUCGCAAAUUACAACAACGUUUUAAAAAAUUGUGUGAUAGAACAUAUCCGGCUACUUAGAGCUAUUCAUCAUAUUCAAGAUGUAUUCAACAUAAUAUUGAUGGUAUUAUUUCUAUAUUUCGGUAUUCUUUUUGGUUUCUAUGGUUUUUUGAUAAUAAAUAUGCUCGAAAGUCAAGAGCGUAUUACGAUCCUUCAAAUUAUAUAUAUUUUAACCGUCUUUACCAAUACAUUUGGUCACAUGUGCAUUUAUUGUGCUGUUGGCGAAUUGUUAACCACUCAGUGUGAUCAAAUUCAUCAUGCUGUAUAUUUCAAUGAAUGGUAUACUAUCGAUCCAAGAAAAGCUUGGAACUUAAUUCUUUUAAUGAUAAGAUCCAGUAAGCCUCUUUAUCUUAAUAUUGGUAAAGUGUUUCCGUUGACAAUGGCUACAUUUUGUAACCUAUUGAAAACGUCAGCUGGUUACUUAUCCGUAUUACUUACUACAAGAAAUCAAUCGAAAAUGUGAAAUAAAUACACGAAUUAAAGAUUUAACCAAAGAGUUGUUCAAAUAAUUCAAAUUUUGUGAUAUAAAAUUGAAGUUUAGUAUAAAAUUGAAAACUUUACAUGAUAUAAUUGUGAAUGGUAAAUUAAUGUAAUAAAAUUUAUGUUACUAUUAUAAUUAAACUGAGUAAGUUUUUUAUUUAUUGAAAAUAAAAGCUACCAGAUAAUAGAGAGAAGGUUAGCUUGGCUACUAAUAAAAUAAAGAUAGGGGUAACUCGAAUAUAUUGUGUAGGUACCAUUAAAAUAAAAAUAAUAAAUAGUAUCGUAUUAGAAGUUAAAAAUGUAAAUUGCAUGGGACUAGAAUUCUAUGAUACGUUUCUACAGAAACUGUCUUGCUAUAGCAAAUGUCUAAAUUCAAACAAUAUUCAUGUUGAAAAGUAAAACCGGCAUGUAAGUAUUUUUCAGGUAUUUUACCUGUUUACUCUAAAAAUAAUGAUUGAAUAACAUCGAUUAAAAAUAAGUAUAAAUAAAUGAAAACUCGAGAAAACUGUGUAACGUUAACUAAACAUUUUUGUACGUUUGUAGAAAUAGAGGAGAUGAUUUAUGUAACAUGCUGUUAAUAAAAAUAAUACAUAUGUGAUAAUACAGAAUAAAGUAAUUCUAU